UUCUCUCUGUUCCCCAUCUCUGGGCCCUCAGAGUCUUCUCUCUGUUUCGCAGGCCCGCAGCACAGACAGCCUGGAUGGCCCGGGGGAGGGCUCCGUGCAACCUGCUGCCCCCACUGGGGGGCCCAGUGUGAAGGGGAAGCCUGGGAAGAGACUUUCUGCUCCUCGAGGUCCUUUCCCCCGGCUGGCUGAUUGUGCCCACUUCCACUAUGAAAACGUUGAUUUUGGCCACAUUCAGCUGCUGCUGUCUCCAGAGCGGGAAGGCCCCAGCCUCUCUGGAGAGAAUGAACUGGUGUUUGGGGUACAGGUGACCUGUCAGGGCCGUUCCUGGCCGGUUCUCCGCAGUUAUGAUGACUUCCGCUCCCUGGAUGCCCACCUCCAUCGCUGCAUAUUUGACAGGAGGUUUUCCUGCCUCCCAGAGCUCCCCCCACCCCCCGAGGGCGCCAGAGCUGCCCAGAUGCUGGUGCCACUGCUGCUUCAGUACCUGGAGACCCUAUCAGGACUGGUGGACAGUAACCUCAACUGCGGCCCAGUGCUCACCUGGAUGGAGCUGGACAACCAUGGACGGCGGCUGCUCCUCAGCGAGGAGGCCUCACUCAACGUCCCUGCCGUGGCUGCGGCUCACGUGGUCAAGCGAUACACAGCUCAGGCACCAGAUGAGCUAUCUUUUGAGGUGGGAGACAUUGUGUCUGUGAUUGACAUGCCACCCGCAGAGGAUCGGAGCUGGUGGCGAGGAAAGCGAGGCUUCCAGGUGGGUUUCUUUCCCAGUGAGUGUGUGGAACUUUUCACCGAGCGGCCAGGUCCUGGUCUCAAGACAGAUGCUGAUGGUCCUCUGGGUAGCAUUGCAACUCCACAGGGCGUCUCUGCUCUGACCUCAGCGGUGCCCCGGCCCCGUGGGAAGCUGGCUGGCCUCCUCCGCACCUUCAUGCGCUCCCGCCCUUCCCGCCAACGGCUACGGCAGCGGGGGAUCCUGCGGCAGAGGGUGUUCGGUUGUGACCUGGGAGAGCACCUUAGCAACUCCGGCCAGGAUGUGCCCCAGGUGCUGCGCUGUUGCUCUGAGUUCAUCGAGGCCCAUGGGGUGGUGGAUGGAAUAUACCGGCUUUCGGGGGUGUCCUCCAACAUCCAGAGGCUUCGGCACGAGUUUGACAGUGAGAGGAUCCCUGAGCUGUCUGGGCCCGCCUUCCUGCAGGACAUCCACAGCGUGUCCUCCCUCUGCAAGCUCUACUUCCGGGAGCUGCCCAACCCCCUGCUCACCUACCAGCUAUAUGGGAAGUUCAGUGAGGCCAUGUCAGUGCCUGGGGAGGAGGAACGCCUGGUGCGAGUCCAUGAUGUCAUCCAGCAGCUCCCUCCACCCCACUACAGGACCCUGGAGUACCUGCUGAGGCACCUAGCCCGCAUGGCAAGACACAGUGCUAACACCAGCAUGCAUGCCCGCAACCUGGCCAUCGUCUGGGCACCCAACUUGUUACGGUCCAUGGAGCUGGAGUCGGUGGGGCUGGGCGGAGCAGCAGCUUUUCGAGAGGUUCGAGUGCAGUCGGUGGUGGUGGAAUUCUUGCUCACCCACGUGGAGGUUCUGUUCAGUGACACCUUCACCUCUGCCGGCCUGGACCCUGCAGGUCGCUGCCUCCUCCCCAGGCCUAAGUCCCUGGCGGGGAGUGGCCCCUCCACUCGCCUGCUGACGCUGGAGGAAGCCCAGGCUCGUACCCAGGGCCGCCUGGGAACACCCACUGAGCCCACAGCCCCCAAGCCUCGGUCUUCCCCCGUGGAAAGGCGGAAAAGGGAGAGAGGGGAGAAACAGCGGAAGCCGGGAAGCAGCAGCUGGAAGACGUUCUUUGCUCUGGGCCGCGGCCCCAGUGUACCCCGAAAGAAGCCUCUGCCCUGGCUGGGGGGCACCAGAGCCCCACCGCAGCCUUCAGGCACCCAUCCAGACACCGUCACCCUGAGAUCUGCCAAGAGCGAGGAGUCUCUGUCCUCCCAGGCCAGCGGGGCUGGCCUGCAGAGGCUCCACAGGCUGCGGCGACCCCACUCCAGCAGCGAUGCUUUUCCGGUGGGUCCAGCACCUGCUGGCUCCUGCGAGAGCCUAUCCUCUUCCUCCUCCUCUUCAUCCUCCUCCUCCUCCUCCUCUUCCUCCUCGGAGUCCUCCACUGCUGGCCUGGGGCCCCUCUCUGGGUCCCCCUCACAUCGCACCUCAGCCUGGUUAGAUGAUGGGGAUGAACUGGACUUCAGCCCGCCCCGCUGCCUGGAGGGGCUUCGGGGACUGGACUUCGAUCCCCUUACCUUUCGCUGCAGCAGCCCCACCCCGGGGGACCCUGCACCUCCUGCCAGUCCGGCUCCCCCAGCCCCUGCCUCUGCCUUCCCACCACGACCGACCCCUCAGACCCUCUCACCCCACGGGCCCACCAACCCUGCUUCCCCUGCUGCCCUGGACAUCUCUGAGCCCCUGGCUGUAUCAGUGCCACCUGCUGUCCUGGAACUGCUGGGGGCUGGGGGGACCCCUGCCUCAGUCUCCCCAACACCAGCUCUCAGUCCUGGCCCGGGCCUGCAUCCCCACAUCGUCCCCUUGCUGCUGAGUGACACCUGCCAACAGGAAGUGGGCAGCAAGGUGACACUGCCAGCCUCCCGGGGAGCCCAGGCCCAGCAUGGACCUGGAAUGGAGUCACCAUUGCUGCCCCCACCCCUGGCCCUCCUGCGCCCUGGAGGAGCCCCACCCCCGCCCCCCAAGAACCCAGCUCGUCUCAUGGCCCUGGCUCUGGCUGAGCGGGCUCAGCAGGUAGCCGAGCAACAGAGCCAGCAAGAGCACGGGGUCACCCCACCUGCUCCCCGCUCCCCUUUCCGCCGCUCACUGUCCCUCGAGGUAGGCGGGGAGCCCGUGGGGACCCCAGGGAGUGGGCCACUCCCUCACUCCCUAGCCCACCCGGGGGUAUGGGCCCCAGGACCCCCAUCCUACCUACCCAGGCAACAAAGCGAUGGGAGCCUGGUGAGGAGCCAGAGGCCCCUGGGGACCUCCCGGAGGGGGCUCAAAGGCCCUGCGCAGGUCAGUGCCCAGCUCAGGGCAGGCGGGGGAUACAGAGAGGCCCCAGAGGCCACAGCCCAGUCCCCAUGUUCCAUCCCCUCGCAGGCCCCAGCCCCUGGUUUCUUCUCCUCACCCCCCCGGGAGUGCCUGCCACCCUUCUUUGGGGUCCCCAAACCAGGCUUGUAUCCCUUGGGUCCUCCAUCCUUCCAGCCCAGCUCCCCAGCCCCCGCCUGGAGGAACUCCCUCGGCCCCCCAAUACCGCUUGACAGGGGAGAUAACCUGUACUAUGAGAUAGGGGGCGCUAGUGAGGGGUCCCCCUACCGGUGCUGGAGCCCCUUUCGCUCCAUGCCCCCAGAUAGGCUCAAUGCCUCAUAUGGUAUGCUUGGCCAAUCACCACCACUCCACAGGUCCCCCGACUUUCUGCUCAACUACCCAUCAUCCCCUUCCUGCUUUCCGCCUGACCACCUUAGCCACUCAGCCCCCCAGCACUCUGCUCGGCGCCCCAACCAUCCUGAGCCCCUCUAUGUCAACCUAGCUCCAGGGCCCAGGGGUCCUUCCCCUGACUCUUCCUGCUCCUCCUCCCCUCCUGCCCACCCCCGAAGCCGGUCAGACCCUGGGCUCCCAGCCCCCCGCCUCCCCCAGAAACAGCGGGUACCCUGGGGCCCCCGAACCCCUCAUAGGAUGCCUGGACCCUGGGGCCCUCCAGAACCUCUCCUGCUCUACAGAGCAGCCCCACCAGCCUAUGGGAGGGGAGGGGAGCACCACCGAGGGUCUUUAUAUAGAAAUGGGGGGCAGAGAGGGGAGGGGGCUGGCCCCCCACCCCCUUACCCCACUCCCAGCUGGUCCCUCCAGUCAGAGGGCCAGACUCGAAGCUACUGUUGAGCUAGGACUGAGGACUCUGCUCUGCUCUGCCCUCCCUUCCCCUCCCCCUCCCUCCCCUGGUUCCCCUUUGCCCUGGCCCAGCCCAAUCCCUUGUUUUGUAUUUUCUAAGCCUCCACCUAUCCCCCAACUUUCUAACUUUGUAACUUGUUUCUGAUGUGGGUCUCUAACUAAAAUCAUAGCCUCUUCCCCCCCAUGCUGGGCUGCAGAGCACGCCCCUCCCUCUCCCCUCCCUUCUGGGGGCCCUCGCACAAAUCUGAAAGAGGGCUAGGCUGACACCCAGUCCUCUCUCUCUCUCUCCAGAAGCCCCCCAACCUGCCCUGACCUGUGCACGGGGAUGGGGGCUGCCCACCUCUCCCCCAUGUGCCCCU